GUUUGGCAUUCUUGUUGAAUCUUGGCCUUCUCAUCCUGUGCAGCGCACACCAGCAAACAAGCUUCCAUUAGUCUUUCACAAGACAAUUGGCACCAACUUGGCGAUGGACAAGCUUUUCAAGCCCGUGAAGGCACGUUGGAAUGCUUAGUAGCCACAAUGCUGGUAUGAGACAGCCGACGUGUGGAAGUACCUAGGUAACUGAAGGCAUUUUUGAGAACAGCUGAAGUGCCGUAGGUGGCGUUUUCAAUACCGGACUUGAUAGUGCAAAGACAGCGCGAAUGUGUUCAUUCGAGACUCCCUUUUUCUUUUCAAUGUGACACAUAACAUUUGCCUGUUUCAGUCACGUAGCUCUGGUUUAAUAGAGGAGAGUCACCAUGUAUGCCCCAUUCUGUCCUUUUCCUCUUCCUUUGCAAUGCUCCUCCUCAAUCUUGUCUGCGAUACCUUUUUGCUCUUGAGUCACUAUGAAGGAUAACAGUUUAAGAACACCUCUCCUCACCCCGGAGGAUGGUAUUCAGCCGGAUCGAGACAGCGGGAAUGACAGCAGCGGCGGCGGCGGCGAGGGUGGUAUCAUGUUUCGUCUCCGCCAGAUUGAAGCAAGCCUUGAUGAAAAAUUCGGCGUCGAGUCAGAAGCUAUCAAUCGCAAACGACCGGAGGACCGGCGCCUUGUAACAUGGUAUGAGGAGCUUAACAUGGCAUUGUUGUGGGCGUCGGCAACGAUGAAUACGUCCUGCUUCGCCACGGGGUUUCUCGGCUGGGAACUCGGGCUAUCUCUCAAGCACACAAUCAUCAUCAGCAUUUGCGGAUCCUUGAUUGGAGCCACUCUACCUGGCUUCGCCGCGACUUUCGGCGCCGCUACAGGGUUACGCCAGAUUUCUGUUUCACGAUAUAGCUUUGGGUGGUGGCCUAAUAAGAUCAUCGCCGCCCUCAAUGCAACAGUUCAGAUUGGCUGGGCCGCUGUUGCAUGUAUCACUGGUGGACUAGCCCUUACUGCGGUCGCAGACGGACACCUUUCCCUCGUUGUCGGCAUCAUUAUCCUCGCCAUUGUGUCUAUGCUGAUCUCCUUCGUUGGCUUGCGGGCGAUAUUGAUAUACGAGCGAUAUGCUUGGAUCAUCUUCUUCGCCAUAUUUUUGAUAUUCUUCGGACAGACAGGCAGAUAUGCAGAUAAUAUCACCCCCAGCCCGUUGAAAGGAGCCGAUCUCGCAGGCGGCAUCCUCAGUCUCAGUGCCAUCGUCUACGGCAGCUCAGCAUCGUGGGUUUCCAUCACAUCAGACUAUUAUGUCCACUACCCUGCGGAUGUUUCCCGUACCAAGGUCUUCCUUAUGACAACCUUCGGCAUCGCCAUCCCUACCUCCAUCGGGAUGGUAGCUGGCUGUGUCGUUGCAUCAACAUUGAAUAAUAUGCCCGACUGGGCCGACACUUAUGAAAACGAUGGCAUCGGAUAUUUGGUUCAGAGCAUGUUAUACCCUAGGGGCUUUGCCAAGGUAAUCCUCACCUUGCUCGUGCUGUCCGGUAUCAACGUCAACGUCAUUUGCAUCUAUAGCGCUGCUAUCGCGUUUCAACAGUUCGCGCGUCCAUGUGCUUUGGUACCUCGCUUCGUCUGGACGUUGUUAUGCUUUCUCCUCAUCCUUGCACUGGCUUUAGGCGGACGAGAGCAGCUCAACACCUUUUUACAAAAUUUCUUGUCAUUUCUCGGCUAUUGGUCCACAUCAUACUUUGUGAUUCUCUUUGUUGAGCACUACGUCUUUCGAAAUGGGAGCUUCGAGAACUAUGAUCUCGAAGCGUGGAAUGACCCUACUCGGUUACCCGUUGGCCUGGCGGCAUUGACGGCUUUUCUCGUCGGAGUGAUAGGCUGGGUUUUAGGCAUGGUAGAAUCUUGGUACGUUGGUCCACUCGGGAAACUGAUUGGUAUCAAUGGUGGUGAUCUGGCCAAUGAACUAACGUUCAUUGCUACACUUGUCACCUAUGUUCCUGCUCGGUAUCUUGAGUUAAAAGUGCUUCAAAGGUAGGGCGGCGCAUGACCACAAAAGUUGACUUGUACCCGCCUAAUAACCACAUUUAUGCGAAUGAUUCCAACUAAAGAUUCCAUAUUUGCUACAGCUUUGUGUUACAAUCUAAUUAUAGCUCUUCACAUAGGUGUCCUUAUUGGGACCAUGUGCAACCCUUCAAUUCCUUCUCUUUAGCCUAAUACCUGGGUUGAUAACUGGUGUCAAUAAGAGGUC